AUGAAUUAAACUGAUCAAAGUCAAUAAAGUUAAGACAAUCAACCUACAGUGUUCUCAUAUGACCCUAAACUAUUUCAACUAUUAUAAAAAGCCUUAUUGCUUGUAUCAAAAUAAAAGUAAUUUCUCGUAUUAAAUCAAGACCUUAAAAUCCAAUUAAAUUUGUUGCAGAUUAUAUGAAAUAAAAUGGUGAUGAUAGCUUUUGA